AUGAUCAAACAACCAGUACUGGCCGAGUUACAGUAUUUCGUCAACAGCGUUUCGCUGCUGUACAAGGGCGUUCCGCCGAAGGACACGGGAGCGCUGGUUAAGAGUUCCCUACACCUGCUGGAGGAUCUGCCAUCGACGCGCGAAGCGGUGUUUGAGUACUUUACCCUCGUAUUUAAUAAUGCCGUGAAACAUUACAUGAACAAUGUGGAGAAAAACAUCCACGACCCCUCGGCGGACGAUGAAGCGGUGCAGGAGAUACAUGAAGCGUUGGAGCGGUUAGUAGCGUGCGGACCACCGGCCUGGUCGCCGAUGAUAUCGUCCUGGUGCCUGAAGCUGUUGGGUGAACUUUGUAAAAAGCACGGACGUCGCCGCCCACCCGACAUACGUUCGUCGUGUAAUUUGUGGCUUGGAUGCACCACCAUUCGCUACCUCGUGAGCCUUACGGCACUGUGCUUGGAGAAGCUGACGGAUGCCGAGGUGGACGGGUGCAUCGCCGAGUUGCUGACGAUUUACGGAUCGCACUCGCCGUCGUUCGAUUGGGUGGUUGCCCGGCUGGGAGGAUGCUUUCCGCUGAAGGUGAUCUCUUGCAUGGUGACCGCGGGAUUGAAGCGCUUUGGUGGAGAUUACGAUCAAGUGUCCGACUCGGAGGUGGAAAUUCUUAGCUACCUCGGAUUGGCGCACGAAAAUGACCUACGCUACGCCCUGAAGUCGACGCUCGAGGCUGAACCGAUGGUUGUUCUGACCGUUCCUUAUUUGCUCCUGUUGGCGAAAUCUUCGGACACCAUCUCACAAGCUCUGGUGGCGGUGUUUUUGGACCUAUAUAACGAAAAGCGGUUAGAAUCGGCAAAAAUCAACCCGAAACACUGGCCACCAAGUUUUAAUCUCUCGUUCGUGCUGCACAUGGUGGCCGGAUUGUUGCUGAAAAUUAGGAAAAACUCCACAUCGGUAACGCUGCUGCUAGCCAAACUGGCCGGCAAACACGGCUGGUGCCAGGAGCUGCUGGAAGUACUGUUCGUGGAUUUGGAAACGCUCGUGCUGGACAAACAAACGGCUCCUCUGUUGGAAGAUAUUUUUCACGAGGGUUCGCGGGAAGCAUUGUGGAAGAGCAGUAUUUCGGACGCGCCCUACCAGCAGCAGGUGGCCGUGAGGUUGAUUUUGCUCGCAAGCUUCAAGUCCAACUCAAUCUUCCAUCAGUCAAUCGUGUACCUGUUGUCGGUGAACGACGGCGAAACGGCCAGUCUAACCGAUAAACCGCACCUCAACUCACUGGCCCGACUGCUCGGGGGACCACACGGAACGUCGGAAGUCCCAAAGAUACGACCUGCGUUCGAGACUGCGAUCGAGAAAAUACUGCUCGCUCCGAACGCACGCACGGUCGGCUGGAACAUUCUGCACAACAUGGUGGAGUUGCUUAAACUGGAACGUGUGGCUCCGGCGGGUAGCUUGCUGAAAAAGAGCAACUGUGGCGGAACGUUGUCCGAGCUGCUCGAUAAGGUGCUGCAGGUGUGGGAAAAGUUUAUGAUCCUAGAAAGGCAAGAACCACGCAUCGCAGCAGAGCAGGGCUCGAGGACACAUGAACAUGGCAGAACGGGUGGGGGUACUGCGAAGAGAAUCAAACUGGAACCAGAUGCAGAACCGAUGGAGAUAGAUGAUCCAAUGGAGGUUGGUGGGUUAAUAAACGGUGCUGAUACCAGUGGGACGGUCGGUGUGCCGGACUUAAUCCACGAAUCGGUACGCCUGGUCGAAUGUUUGGACAUAGCCAAACCGACUGCGAUUGGUACGGCAGAAGCGCUGAAACUGUCACAGCUGUUGGUGAAAUAUUUCUUCUUCUGCCUGCAACUGUCCAACGCCGACGCCGGUGCCAGCGGUCACUGUGCCGAAACUUCCGAGGAACUGCUGCAGCGCGUGUAUCUACUGCUUUCUAGGCACUGUGGCAACCGGAAAGCGGCUCGUACUGCGGCACUGCGUGAGCUCCUCGAAGGUGCACUGUUUAUGCAUGGGGAACUGUUCGGCUCGCAGUCGGAAGCGGAACCGUAUAGCUUCGAUAAAUCGGGCGGUUUGCUGAUAAAACUAAACCAAAAGCAAGGCAUUGCGUUAAACGCGUCGCGGGCCACUGUGCUACACGCGGGCAUCAUUGGGCAGGGCCCGAAGGUACCGAGCCGGGAGGCGGCCGGACCGGGAAUGGCGAUGCAAAACCGAUUGCUGAAUGCGAUCGUAGCGUGUUGUCAGGAUGUGAACGACCAUCAAGCCACGAUUGAUGGCUUCAGCUACGUCUCGCUGCUCCUGGUCGAGCUGAUAUCACCGGACGUCAUGUACAAUGGAUUACCGUGGCCGGAGGAAGAGUUCACCAAGGUGACGAUGGAGCGCGAUCUCCAGAUAAGGCGCACGUUUCGCCAUUCACCAAUCUUGUGGUCGAUCUUGGGGUUGAUCGCGUGCUACCGGCCCUCGCUUUGCUACUGCUCGGUAUUGCUGCGGGCUCUUUGCGCUUCUGCCCUGCAUCAGUGGCGUUCGAAGUCGGCCGAAACACUAAACGGACAGAAGACGGAUCUUAUGUACGUGACGACGAAACUACUUGAACUGAUGGCUCUCGCUCAACUAUUGCCCCCGCCAUUGAGCUACCUACACAUUGUCCUCGAGUACUUCGAUGGUCCAGAGAUCACCUACGUGCUGAAGGAGUGCGUGUGGAACUACAUGAAGGAUCACGUUCCGUCGCCCGUGCUGUUUGUCUGCGAUCCAACAGGCUUUCAUUGGCGUGAUCCGCUAACGUCGCGACCACCGCUGCAGUACACUAAUCCGCUCCGUAACACAAUGCAGAAAAAGCUCACCAAGGUUGGUCAUCUUUACUAUCAGAUGUUUGUUGGCCCAGAGCUACGAAACCCUUCGCCCACCGUCAAUCCGCAGUCACAACAAGGAUCCAUUACUGCAACAAAUGCACCUUCGAGCAGCAACGGCAGUGAACAGGGAGUUCAUAAAACAGCAGGACCUCAUGGACCUGGCCUUUCGCUAUCGGCCGGCACUGUUCCACAGCCGGGACCGAUUGUGUUAGUUGAUUGA